GAUUGCACAUGCUGUUGACACAUGUGGUGUAAUCACAGUAAUGAACAUAUUUCAAUAAGUUAUUCAUAAUCAAAGAGAUCAAGGCCUUGUUAAGGUAAAAUGUCCAGAAAAAAUGACAAAUCGACAGCUCCGGCUGACAAACUGACUCGUAUAGCCAUUGUGAGCAAUGACAAAUGUAAGCCGAAGAGAUGCAGACAGGAAUGUAAAAAGUCAUGUCCUGUUGUUAGAAUGGGAAAAUUAUGCAUAGAGGUCACUCCUGCAGACAAAAUAGCUUUCAUUUCUGAGGAGCUCUGUAUUGGAUGUGGUAUAUGUGCCAAGAAAUGUCCUUUUGAAGCUAUAUCCAUCAUCAACUUACCCAGUAAUCUGGAAAAAGACACAACCCACCGAUACAGUGCUAAUUCCUUCAAACUUCACAGACUUCCGAUUCCCAGACCUGGAGAAGUGCUGGGAUUGGUCGGCACCAAUGGUAUUGGAAAGUCCACAGCGCUGAAAAUUUUGGCAGGAAAACAGAAACCAAACUUAGGCCGCUUCAAU